AUGUCGCUAGCUCAAACGCUCAAGGGUAAGACGGCCUUCAUCACCGGUGCUUCUCGGGGCAUAGGACUCUCCAUAGGUCGGGCUCUGGCUUCACGAGGAGCAAACGUGGUGGUAGCUGCCAAGUCAGCCACACCGCAUCCCAAACUGCCCGGCACUAUUCACACAGCAUCCCAGGAGAUCGAUGAGAUUGGAUCUCAAUCGGGCAAUGGGGUCAAGGGCUUGGCUAUCCAGUUGGAUGUGAGGGAUGCGGAGAAGGUCAGCGAGGCCUUCGAUUGCGCCGCACAGAAGUUCGGUGGCAUUGAUAUCGUGGUGAACAAUGUGAGUGGUCAUGCUGUGUAUCUAUAUGGGGACACGGGCCCAGGGACGGUAAGAUGCAGCUCUUGUGUAUUGAAAUCUGAGCGCGACUGCUGCCCUCUCUACAGGCAUCUGCGAUCAACAUGCAACCCACAGCUCAGAUUCCGGUCAAGGCAUUCGACCUGAUGUCAUCCAUCAAUUCUCGUGGAACAUUUCUCGUGACUCGCUCCUCUCUGCCCUAUCUGGAGGCCUCUUCAAAAGCAGGCAAAAACCCGCACAUUCUCACGCUCUCUCCUCCCUUGCAUACCGGCCUGCUCUCCCCAUCGGGCGGAUCUUGGCCCGCUCAAUUUGCCCAGACCGGUUCAGCAUACACUGUGUCCAAGCUGGGCAUGUCAUUGGUCUCCUUGGCUGUCGCGGCAGAGACCAAAGGUAGAAUCGGUGUGAAUGCGCUUUGGCCUUACACGAUGAUCGGAACGAGCGCCAUGAAGAUCGUUAGCCCGAAUGCAGAGACGGAAGAGAAGAGGUGGAGAUCGCCGGAAAUCGUGGCGGAUGCUGCUGCUAGGAUCAUAGAGCAAGACGGAUCAAAGUUCACGUGAGUAACGCACUCUGGACAGGUUGAGCGAGCUCAUGGAUACCGCUUUGCUGGCUUCGCUCUUCUGCACCUCGAAACUGCGCCCUCGACUGACUUUGCCCUUUGUGAACCCCCAUGCACGCCCAUCUUCAUCCAACCCAGCGCACAAUUCCUGCUAGAUGAAGCCUACCUGCGCAGCUCGCACAACUUCACAGAUGAGCAGAUCCGUAACUACUCUCUAGGGGGCGCAGACUGGCCCUUGGAAGAUCUGGCAGAGGAUCUCUACAUCUCUGACUCUAUGCGUCGAGAAGUGCUCGAUAGUCGAAGGUCAUGA